GCGCGCGUGCGCGCACAUACGUACCCACUGAUAGAUUUUCCUUAUUUGAUUAAAACUACAACAGCAAGAUACGUUAAUCAAGUACCUAGUGGAUAUGCGAAAGAAAUGAAUUAUUGGCAAUAUCCACGAUGACCAAAAUCUAUAAAUGACUUUAAAAUUACUUCGCAUUUAUUGAUAAUUGGUGAUCUGACUACAAAUAUAAGGAAUUUAGUGAUAGAUUCUUGCUACAUUUCCUUCCUUAAUGACAAGCGUUGGUGUGGCGUCCCCAGCGCGCUCUGCAGCGCUGUCGGUGGACUGAACAACCACGCCCGCGCGGAGCAGAGCAGCUGUGUGUGUCCUCAAAUGGAGUCUGCAUGAACCGACGGUGGAAGGACGAACUGCAGUAUUUAAAAACACAUCUUCUACUCUAGGAAGACGAUAUUGUAACAGUGCAAUAUGGAUCUACCGCCCGACCCCGUCAGAGACUCGGCCGAAUGCGCUACUAAAGCGGUCACAUUGGAUGAGAACAUCCCGGUAAAGCUCCACACCAAGGCUGAGACCGAGCACCCGGCGAGAAGGCAGAGCUGUUCCAGCACCAACAGAGAUGUAACAAAGAAGACACACACAUCCCAAAUUGAGAGUAUUCCCUGUAAGAUCUGUGGCGAUAAAUCAUCCGGGAUCCAUUAUGGCGUUAUCACAUGUGAGGGAUGUAAGGGUUUCUUUCGUAGGAGUCAGCAGGGAGCGGUUGUGUACUCGUGUCCUCGUCAGAAAAGCUGUGUGAUUGACCGCACCAGCCGUAACCGCUGCCAGUACUGUCGGCUACAGAAGUGCCUGGCAGUGGGCAUGUCGAGAGACGCGGUGAAAUUUGGGCGCAUGUCUAAGAAGCAGAGGGACAGUCUGUUUGCAGAGGUCCAACGACAUCGACAGCAGCGACAACAGGAGGAACCAGCCGGGGAGGAGUUAGAGGAGGGGCGGGACUCCAAGCCACCUGGAGAGGAGGAGUCAGACGAGGGGCGGGACCCCCAGCCACCUGGAGAGGAGGCAUCAGACGAGGGGCGGGACUCCCAGCCACCUGGAGAGGCAGAGCCAUUAACACCCUCUUACAGCCUCUCCACCAAUGGCCUCACAGUACUUCCUAAUGAACUUGGCAGUUAUGUAAAUGGUCACACCACAGAUGAAGGGAAGGGGAGCUCUGUGAUUGGUGGAUUCUACCUGGACACUCAGCCCUCUCCCGACCAGUCAGGUCUCGAUAUGGAUGACAUUAAACUUGAGCCGGUCUGUGACCUAAGUCCUGAAUCGGCCACUGACCCAUACUGUUGCUAUAGCAAUAACACUUCAGCUACUGAUGACAUGAAUGAUUUGGAACAUCUGUCCAUGAUCAUCUGUAAGUCGCACAUGGAGACAUGCCAGUACCUGCAGGAGGAGCUGCAGUCCAGCAGCAGGUCCACCGUGCUGCACGCCGACCUGGACGCCUACCAGAUGAAGUCUCAGGAGGAGAUGUGGCAGGUGUGUGCGGUAAAAAUGACAGAAGCAGUGCAGUACGUAGUGGAGUUCGCCAAGCGUAUCGAUGGAUUUAUGGACCUGUGUCAGAAUGAUCAGAUAGUACUGCUCAAAGCAGGCUCCUUAGAGGUGGUCUUUGUAAGGAUGUGUCGUGCCUACGACUCAGAGAACAACACUGUCUACUUUGAUGGUGCAUACGCAGGUCCAGAGGUCUUCACGUCACUAGGCUGUGAUGAUCUGAUCUGCUCUGUAUUUGAGUUUGCUAAGAGCCUGAGCUCUUUACAUUUGACGGACGAUGAAAUUGGCCUCUUCUCUGCUUUUGUGCUCAUGGCUUCAGAUCGUUCUUGGCUUCAGGAGAAAAGCAGAGUUGAGAAACUUCAGCAGAGGAUUAAACUAGCCCUACAGAACCUGCUACAAAAGAAUCAGAGAGAUGAAGAAGUCUUCACCAAGCUGGUGUGUAAGGUGUCUAUAGUUCGGGACCUCUGCUGCAGACACAUGGAACAUCUCACAUCCUUUCGCGCUCUCCACCCUGACACAGUACACUCGCGCUUCCCUCCCCUCUACAAAGAGCUCUUCGGCUCAGACUUUGAGCAGGCUCUGCCCCGGCAGGCCUGACUGCCCCACAGCACCCCCUGCUGCACAUACUAAGAAACAUCCAUGGAAACGUCACACGCUGGAAAGAGCUCAAUCUCCAGUCAGUCACCAUUUCUUCAGCAACAUUGUCACACUGCACCCCUACAAAGCUGAAAGCACUACAGACUUUCCUCCUAACUGAGCACAGAGUGAUGGUCUGAGUUGUCCCAGGAGAAAACUGCCUCCUUCAGCCAGCUUGAGGCUGCUGUCCUCUACGUCUUUCCCAAAGUCUCACGUCUACGCAAAUAAGAUCUCACCCAGGAGCAUUGAAGCAGAUACGCCACUGCAGUUGACUAGCCAUAAGCGCCAUCUGCUGGUUAGAAAGUGCAAUUCUCAGUUCUGAGUUUUCAAACUCAGAUGUUUAGCGUGGUGGAGCCAAAAACAUCUGAUACUGCCCUUCCCCUGGUCCCUGACUGAUCCAGUACCAUACAGGCACUGGGAACACACACCCAACACACAAACAGGAGUCACAUAGCCUGAUCACUGUAGCAUAGUCAGCCCUGUGGUGUCUAAAAGUGGAACAUUCUUAUCCCUUUAGACACGUAUGGUGUGGAGGACCCCAAAAAAUAAAAAAGUAGCACUUUGUGUUUUUCAGCAAUAACGAUCAACAUAGAAAGAAGUGCUGAAAGGUUAUGACUUGACCGUGCUGACAGUGUGGGUUGUUAUAACAUGACCGUGCUGACUGUGUGAGUGGUAAUGACGUGACCGUGCUGACCAUGUGGGUGGUUAUGACGUGACCGUGCUGACUGUGUGGGUGGUUAUGACGUGACCGUGCUGACUGUGUGGGUGGUAAUGACCUGACCGUGUGGGUGGUAAUGACGUGACCGUGCUGACUGUGUGGGUGGUAAUGACGUGACCGUGUGGGUGGUAAUGACAUGACCGUGCUGACUGUGUGAGUGAUAAUGACGUGACCGUGCUGACCAUGUGGGUGGUUAUGACGUGACCGUGCUGACUGUGUGGGUGGUUAUGACGUGACCGUGCUGACUGUGUGGGUGGUAAUGACCUGACCGUGUGGGUGGUAAUGACGUGACCGUGCUGACUGUGUGGGUGGUAAUGACGUGACCGUGCUGACCAUGUGGGUGGUUAUGACGUGACCGUGCUGACUGUGUGGGUGGUUAUGACGUGACCGUGCUGACUGUGUGGGUGGUAAUGACGUGACCGUGCUGACCAUGUGGGUGGUUAUGACGUGACCAUGCUGACUGUGUGGGUGGUUAUGACGUGACCUUGCUGACUGUGUGGAUGGUUAUGAUGUGACCGUGCUGAUCGUGUGGGUAGUUAUGACAUGACUGUGCUGACCGUAGCUCAUUUCACUGGCAUGGUGGUAUGCCAAAAGCAAAGCAUUGGCCAUUUUAUAUGUAGCUGGGAUGAGUGGAAAUCUGGGAUAUGUAGCUGGGAUGAGUGGGAAUCUGGGUGGGAUGUGAUGUGAUUGUAGGCAGUGGCUAACCCUUCCCAGAACUGCGGCGCUUUGUAAAGGAAAUGGGUGGCCGCUGCUCCAGUUCCUCAGGGAAAGAGGAGGUUCCAGUCCUUCAUUCUUCCAUCUUCUGGCUUCCCGCAGUGAUCGUCCCUGCCCCACUUUGGAAUUGCUUUCACCGUGCUUCGUCAGUCCUCAGAAUUCCAGCCAUGGCCAUUAUUAGCACACUGUGCAAACCAAAUUUGACACUUUUAACAUUUGGUCAACAUAACAUUAAAGCAAUAGGCCUGUUCAAGUGACAGGAAUCAAUCUGGCCACAGUGGGAUUUGUAAGGGCUGGUUCAACUAUAUGUGUGCUGUAGUUACUAGCAUGAAUUUUUGUGAAAGACAAUCUAUUUAACAUUUGACCUCAUAAAAUGGGUAUUUGGGAAAUGCUCAGGGAUACUAAUGUACUAUUGAAUCGAGAAAGAGAGUAACACAGUACAACUACUGUAAUAAUGCAAAAUCAGUGGCAACAACAAAAUCAGGGUUUAUUGCAAAUUAAUCAAUAAGAAACGUUUGCCAGCCCAACAAUGAAUGAAAAGCAAUAAUUGUGACAAAAUGUUACUUUGCAAAUGAAAUCUGCAUGCAUUUGCUUUAACCACAGACCCUGUGUGGCUUCCUUCACUUUUGUUUCUGAGUGUGUGAGCCUUCAGCCAUGUGUCGGCAGGACCUGAAGUGACCCGAAGAUAAGCUUGGGUCAUUCUGUUUGUUUGUUGUAGCAGCAACUUUGGAAAGACUUUUGUUUUUUAUAGACUCAUGUUGUUGUAAAAGACCUUUUGAUUUAAUGAGCUUCAUUUCUUUUCAACAUUAUCUUGAAUCAUUAUGGAUAAGUACAUUUCUGUGGUGAUGCUGGUCUGUCAUGUGGACGCUUGUUUCUGUGCUAGUCCAGAGGACUGAAGUAUUCUGUUUCUAUGUGCAGGUUGUAUUUUUUUUUUUUUUUUUUUUUUGGAUGCUUGUUCUAUACUGCAGCAGUAUUGUAAUUCUAACUGGUUCAUACUGGAGCAGUAUUGUAAUUCUGACUGGUUCAUACUGGAGCAGUAUUGUAAUUCUGACUGGUUCCAGGCACCAACACCUUCUCUAUAUGUAUGUUUUCAGUAUCACAGUAAUACAGUCUUUUUAAAGUUGUUGAAUUUUUCACAGGUGAAAGACCAAAACUUUUGUACAACAAGCACGCUAUGAUAUGCUCAUUUGUGUGUAACAUACUGAUCAUCUGAGUACAUCACAGUUUGUAAUAAAGAAUGACUCACCCCAAGGAUGAGGUUUCUCCUUGAGAAAUAUUUUUUGAACAUUUAAUCAAACACUUUUGUUUAAAAUCCUUGAACACUCUUGACUUGGUCUUGAGUUGCCCUCUAGCAAUAGUUUCCUACCCAUAAAUCUAAGUAUUCUGUUAGUUUUGUAUAUACACCUGUAAAAAAACAAUCUGAAAUGUAGUGUUUUUUGAAACUUGGUUUAAUCUCAGCUGAAUAUUGUGAAGUUGUGCUUAGAAAGAUUACCUCCUCAACAGCUUUUAUAAAAGUCCUGUAACACAUUGUCAAAUGGUGUGUUGAAUGUGCUGAUGAUAGUAAUUAAAAGUUGAUUAAAAACCUAUAACUUGUGAUAGAA